CUGCAGCUGGACAACAACAUCAUCGAGAAGAUCCAGGGCCUGGACACAUUAGUGCAUUUAGUUUGGCUCGACCUGUCAUUCAAUAACAUUGAGGUGAUCGAAGGCCUGAGCGCCCUCACUAGGCUGGAGGACCUCAGUCUGCACAACAACCGCAUCUCCGUCCUGGAGAACAUGGACCAUCUGGAGAAUCUGCAGGUCCUGUCCAUAGGAAACAACAACCUGACCUCCCUGGAAAAUCUUAUCUACCUUCGCCAAUUCCAGCAGCUGCGGACCCUAAAUCUGUCAGGAAAUCCACUUUGAGAUGAAGCAUAUAAGUUAUUUGUGGCGGCUCAUCUGCCAGACCUGGUGUACCUGGACUUCAGGCUCGUCGAUGACAAUAUAAGGGACAUUGCUAAUGUGAAGUACCAGUAUUCUAUCGAGGAGAUGAAUCACAACGAGACCCUGGAGAGAGUGAAGCGAGAGAAGGAGGAGAAGGACCAGCGAGAGCUGGACAAACACAAGGCUGCCUACGUGGAGAACCUGAACGGCCCCUUCCUUUUUGAGGGUAUGUAUGCGGAGGAUGUGGAGGGAACCCGGCUGUCAUCUCUUCCCGCUGUAGCUGACCUUGUGAGUCAUAUCCUUUUAUACCUGCACCUCACCUAUAGGACUAAGUGCAGCGAAGUCUGCCAGAAUAUAUUCGAGUACGGUCUCAAUCACCAGGAGAAGAGAGACGCAGAGAUGGCCGUCUUCAAUGAAUGUCUGCAGGAAGCUGUGACGGAAAACCAGGAGGCCGGAGCCAAGAAAAUCCAAGAACUUCAAUCAAAGAACUAUGAGCUGCUGUAUGAGCUCUCCCAGAUCACGGAUCAGCAGAUCCUUGAUGCCAAGUCAUUGCAGUACAGUCAAGAUGUGGCCCAGCUGAUGGAUGCACUGCUGAACCUGGAGAUACAACUGGUGGAUCAGCUCGAGGAAAUCAUUAAGGAGUAUGAGAGAAAUAUCGGAGAACUGGUGUCCACCUUCCUGGAAACUGCGCAGGGUCUAAUGGCUCAAGUCAGAGAUCUGGAGAACCAGCAUCAUGAGAAGCUCCUGGAGCUGUGCAUCAACAUGUUGGAGCAAGUGCUGAAGGGGGAGCUGGAUGAAGACAUGACAGAUGAACUUCGAGCGCUUUUUGUAGACAAAGACACAAUCAUUAACGCAGUCAGCGCCUCCCACGACAUCCACAUGCUGAAGAUCGACAAUCGGGAAGAUGAACUGGUCACCAAAAUCAACAACUGGGCGACGGAUCUCAUACAAAAGGUUCAUCAGGAAGAACUGCGAAGGAAUCGGAAGCGGGUGGCGGAAAUCAACACCUACGUCGAUCACUUGAGGGAUGAGUUGGACAACCUUGACAUCCACGAGCAAAUAUGAGAGACUCGCUCCGACCAAUCGCGGGGGCUGCGUGUGGCGCCCACUUCCCCUGGUCAGACUGUUCUGGGGUUUUAUGGGAGCUAAGAGAGUUUUUAAUGUUUUUUUACACGCCGUAAUCGGGUUCCGCGUCACCAGCUAUAUCACAUGGCUGCAUCGGUCAAUGGCCCCUUAUUCCCGUGUUAUAAAAUGUCGGUAUCAUUAGGAUAUGCCGCCACUUUAUCACUGCUAAGCGUCUCACCUUUGGGACCCCCACAGUCAAGAGAACAGGGCUGGACUGGCCAUAGACCCCACAGGGAAAUUUCCCAGUGGGCCGAUGCCUGGGGAGGGGGCCACCCAAGCCCUCCAGCCGGGUACAUAAUGAUCUGAUUCUCUUCUAUGUGCCUUGCCAGCGGCCGCAGGUGCCCUCCGGAAUUCAACUGUAUCGCCAUCCUCAGGACAGUGAUACAGCGGAAUACUGUGGCGCAGGUGCCAGUAUUUUAACUGUGUUAUUUGGUUCUGCUGGGGCGGUAUAUUGUUCUCCGCUAUGGUAAUGCUAGCCCUGCCUUUUUGUGUGGCCCCGCCUUCUGAGUUUAGACCCACCCACAAUAUGGGGCCACUUUUAGUUUUUUUGCCAGGACCACUUUAAGUUCCCAGUCCGUCCCUGCAUGGGAAUGAAGGGGAUGCUGCGUUUAUUUGGCACUACGUCCCCUUCAGGGCACUGGAGACGGACAUUCUUUUGAAUUGGGCCAAACUUCACUUCCCUGCACAGCCGGUUGGCUGAGGCGCCGCUGCGCAAGAAAAAUCAGAAGAGGGGACGCAGCCGUAAAGCAGCACAGCAUCCCCUUCA